GCAACGUUGACUUCGUGACGUCAAACAUGACAGAUGCAUCAGUCUCGACUUGCUUCAGGUCACUUUCUUCCUUGUUAUUCAAACCUCCUGCAACUAUCGAGGUCCUCCCUGGCGAUGCCUCCAUCUGGAUCCCAGACGUGGCAGAACGAUCUCGUUCCCCUUUUCUAUUCAUGAAGAAUAAUCUCGGUGUACCUGAGAAAGAACUUCGUCGGUCAUACCUCUUUGCCGUGCCCAUCUUCUCUGCUGCACGUAAGGCCUUUGGACUUCAUACACUCGAGACCCCAUCCAAUCAUACCACGUCUUCGGCGAUUCAGGACUUGAUUGAUUCUUCUGCUGUCCUCAUUUUGAUGAAUCCGGCUCACCACACUGCGCUCAAUGCUAGAAGGCAACUUCUUGUGCAAGACCUCAUCGAUGUGGGGCAGGAACUCAAGUUCACAGCCGCUCUGCUUUCGAGCAGGCACUGUUGCAAACAGGGCGAGCUAUGGUAUCACAGGCGAUGGCUUCUCCGACGCAUAUACCCAAUAUCAAGCUUUUCUCAAGGGCUGGUUGCUGACGUAGUUCCUGAUUCACCAAAUUUCCACCUUCCCCCGAGUGACCUCUCGGUGGAAAUUGAUCUUGUCACCAGAGCUUGCGAGUUAUAUCCCCGCAAUUAUUUUGGCUGGACCCAUCGCACCGUAUGCAUUCGAUCUGCCCUCGUAGCUGGGGUGCAUUAUACCACCUCAGACGUGUUCACCGAAAUCUUGCAGAAAGAGAUCAUCAGUAUCAUGCAGUGGAUUGAGUCUCACAUUUCCGACUACAGUGCUGUUCAUCACAUUAAAACUCUUGCGCAUCUCACUGAAGACAUGGAAAGCGCAUUCCUGCCAGACAGCCUACUUUCCGUGCUCGGACACGCUAUCGCGCUCGUACGUGCGUUUCCGGAGCACGAAACGCUUUGGCAAUAUCUCCGUGUAUUUUGGGAUGAGGGAGAUGUUGCUACGGCAUUUGUUGCGUCAUUUGUGCUUCCCCUACAAAGUACUAGGACGGAGCAGGAGAAUGAGUCCCCUCGUGGCGUGCAACAUGCCUGCCAUUUUCUCGAGUGGAGGAGUAAGAGAUUGAAGUGA